AUGACUUCUCAAGAUAAUACGCCAACCCAGGCUGCACAGCCCAAGAUCACGCUUUACUGGCUCGAUCAGUCUCGCGCACAGCGGAUCGCCUGGCUGCUCGAGGAGCUCAACCUCCAGUACGAUGUUGAGAUCUUUCACCGCAAUGCAGACAUGCAGGCCCCUCCAGAACUCGAAAAGCUUCACCCGCUGGGAAAAGCCCCCCUCAUCGGCAUUACGCUCCCAGAUCCCGCAGACCCAACCAAGGAAAAGCGAAUCAUCCUCGCCGAGAGCGGCGUGAUCGCACAGUAUCUAACGGAGCACUUUGGCCGCGGGACAUCCCUUGCGCCGAAGCGGUACCUCGACGGGCACGAGGGCCAGGUCGGGGCCGAGACAGACGAGUGGCUGCGUUACCAGUACUUUCUGCAGUACCCCGAGGGCAGUUUGAUGCCGCCUAUCUUGGUGGGCCUCAUUUUGUCGAUCCUCAAAAGCCCCAAGAUCCCUUUCUUCAUCCGCCCCAUCACAUCGAGCGUUGUCGACAAUCUGUUUGCCGCCUAUCUGAUUCCGGAAAUGGUCAAGCAAUUCUCUUUUCUUGAGUCGCAGCUAGAAUCGUCUCCCCAAAAUGGUCAGUAUCUCUGUGGUUCGCACCUGACGGCCGGCGAUAUCCUCAUGAGCUUUCCCCUGCAGCUCUCGCGAGAGAGAAUCGGUGGGCUCAGCGCGGGCAAAGACGAGGGCAAAAUCGAGGACAAGUUCCCCAAGCUGUGGGCAUAUCUGAAACGCCUGGAGGAGGAGCCCGGUUUCAAGCGAGCUGCGGCCAAAACUGAAGAGUGGGAAAAGAAGGCGUUGGGGAAAAAGAACUGA